UCCCAGGCUACGUGCACGCUGUGCCUGUGCGCGGCUGCCAGCUCUGAGCGCCUCACAGCUCAGAGCCGAGUGGCAGUUUUGAGUCGCUGGAACAAAGAUGCCCCACCGCAGCCUGCGCGCGACUGUCGUCCUCCUGUUGGUGAUCCUUAAGGAGCAGCCUUCCAGCUCAGCCCCGCUCAAUGGAUCCAAGUGGACCUAUGUUGGUCCUGCUGGGGAAAAGAACUGGUCCAAGAAGUACCCAUCGUGUGGGGGCCUCCUGCAGUCCCCAAUAGACCUACACAGCGACAUCCUUCAAUAUGAUGCCAGCCUCACACCCCUCCAGUUCCAAGGUUACAAUGUGUCUGUUGAAAAGCUGUUGAACCUGACCAAUGAUGGUCAUUCAGUGAGACUGAAUCUGAACUCGGACAUGUACAUCCAGGGCCUCCAGCCUCACCAAUACAGAGCGGAGCAGCUGCAUCUGCACUGGGGGAACCGCAACAACCCCCAUGGCUCCGAACACACCGUGAGUGGGAAGCACUUUGCUGCUGAGCUGCACAUUGUUCAUUAUAACUCAGACCUGUACCCUGACUUCAGCACUGCCAGUGACAAGUCAGAAGGCCUCGCUGUCCUUGCUGUUCUUAUUGAGAUAGGCUCCGUCAAUCCAUCAUAUGACAAGAUCUUCAGUCACCUUCAACACGUCAAGUAUAAAGGCCAACAAGUGCUCAUCCCAGGCUUCAACAUUGAAGAACUUCUGCCCGAGAGCCCUGGUGAAUAUUACCGCUAUGAGGGGUCCCUGACUACACCUCCUUGUUACCCUACCGUGCUCUGGACAGUUUUCCGAAACCCUGUGCAGAUUUCCCAGGAACAGCUGCUGGCUUUGGAGACAGCUCUGUAUUUCACACACAUGGAUGAUCCUACCCCCAGAGAAAUGGUCAACAACUUCCGGCAGGUCCAGAAGUUCGAUGAGAGGCUGGUAUACAUCUCCUUCCGACAAGGCAUCAUCCUUUCCGUGGUCCUGGCUGGCGUUCUUGGGAUCUCCAUUGUUCUGGCAGUGUCUAUUUGGCUCUUCAAAAGGAAGAAGAGCAAAAAAAGUGACAACAAGGGAGUCAUUUAUAAACCAGCCAUCAAGAAGGAGGCUGAGGUCCACGCCUGAGGUCCCUGGCAGUCUCAGACAUCCAAGGAAGGACUUUGCUUUGGACACUACAUACUUUGGCUCUCUGGACACUUGAAAUACCUCAAGGUGUUCUCUUGAGCUCACCUGUAUCCCCUUCCCCCAGACUCUUGGAGGUUCCAGCUGGGCCUCCCCUGCUCUGCUGUUACGACCACCCCGGGGUGGCCAGUGAGUGGGAUGAACUGAACUAGGGGGCAGGAGUUUUGAGUGGAUUUUCCAGCUGUGUGAGAUGGCUAAUGAUUCUGAAUUCUGGGUCACAAACCUAACCUGCUGGUAGGCCAUUAUGGUUUGGAAAACACUUCCAUCUUGGGUUCUUCCUGGUCCAUUUCCAGGGCCCUGAACAUUCUAGCUAUUCUCCAAUCUUCCAGACUAUAACCUUUGCUUAGGUGACACUUUUGAAACUCAGCUUCGUUCCUCAGGGAGCAGUUUGUCUUCCUUGGAUUUCCUUAUGCUCUGACAGACUGCCCCCAAGCCUGACCUCACAGCUAUGGGGAAGAACUGAGACAGGAAGAAUCAGAUUAUCAGAAAGAAAGGAAAACUAUAAUAUACUGCGGCAUUUUUAUAGUCCCAUCUUUUGGGUUACAGACAUUGACCGAGCCUCACAGCAAGGCAGGCUCAAGUUUUAUUCCUUGGUGGGGAUGAAAGGGAGACAAACAAAGAGGGGAAACAGAGAGCAGGAAGGCGUAGGUUGUUUGUCCAGGAGUCUUCCUUUGUACUCAGAACUGGAAUCAAGACACAAUGUGUGUGUGUGUGUGUGUGUCUGUGUGUGUGUAUGGGGGGUAUCUACAUUAUCACUUACUUAGUCUCGGGAGGACAAUUACCCUUCAGAUUCCACUCCAUUACUUGAAAAUGAAUUAGUUCCUCUGUCCUGUAGUAGAUGUGAGUCCUGUUUUGAACCCUUGAGAAACAGACAGAAGCAGACUACUGGACAGCUUUGCUUCCUUUGCUCAAAUGUCAGUUCUACCUUGUCUGAUCUUCCUACUGCCUACUCAUUGUCAGGACUGUCUACUCCACUGGCUGUGAAGAAGUCUAAAUAAUGUCUAGGUAAAAUGUAUUUUCAUACUAUCAAAGCAGGAAGCCAUCUGUGUAGAGCUAAACCAGGUCCUGGUAUUUAAGUACUGAAACCAAAAGAAUGUUUCUAAGAAUCUCCCUGUUCUUCCCCCCUCAGUGCCAUGGUUUCUGGGAAUGCUUAAUCCCUUCUUCAUGUUCUUUCCAUAGAGGUGAGAACCCUAUGGAGAGCAGUCAGUGCCAGGGCUCAAAAGAAGUCACCAGGCCCUAAUUGGUAGUUCCUUGUAGUUCAUAGGGAGUUCUCUGAUUUAGUCUCAUUUUGACAGCAUGGAAUGUCCUCUUAAAGAACAAGAUAUAUAUAUAUAUAUUUCUUCUUCUUCUAUCCCUCCCUCCUGACUUGAUAAAAAUAUUUUCUGCUAUCACAAUGUUUCACAGUGGCAGCCCUGUGUCUUUGUAGCAUAAUUCACUGGGCAAGGUUACAGGUGAUUGGAUGGGGGUUCAGCUGUGUGUGUAGUAUAUGUGCAUGCACACAAAACCUCUGACAGCCUUGGAGUCUAGUGCCGCCCUAGCCUUGGGGCCAACAUGUCUGAUGGUAUCACCACAGUAAGGACAAACCUCAAUAAGAAGCAACACAAUUUAGGUGGCUUCCUGACCUUGGUCCAGGAUUGUCAGCCAGAAGCUCUCAUAAAGCAGUCCAGGGCAGCAAGACUGUCUUAAAGAAGUAUACACUGACAAGUUAUGUGAGAGUGCAGCGUGGUCGUCAUAGCUGGCAUGAGGACAGGUCAUUAAAGGAGAAAUGCUAGGAGGUGAAAACAGUGGCAUUUCUCCUUCCCUCUUCCCCUUCAGCAUGGUCCAGUCAUUCAGUCCUCGCUCAAUCCUCAUGGCUGAGAUGAGACAAAGCCAUGGAGGCAGAAAGAGCGCUCCAAGGAUCAGCGCUGUCAACCUUUAACUCUUGAAGAUGGAGCUUUCUUCAAAUUCAGAAUCAUUCUGUGGACACCUGGCCACCACGGAGGGAAAGUGGUGCUGUGGUAUAUGAGGCACAGCUUGCCUUGCGCUCCUUAACUCUGCUGUGCGAGGUGCAAGGUGGGUGCCUAGGAGAGCCUGGCUGGGCACAGGGCUGGGCACAUGGCACGUGGAGAUGACCAGCACAAUGCAUGGGUGGAUGGGGGCACGCACUGGGGACCCAAGGAAGGCACUGGCUUCUGCAAUCUUUCCUCUAGUCCUAACAGGAGAACCUGAGUCUCUCUCUUCCUUUUUAGUAUUAGAGUAAAUUCUGUUUCCACGGCUUUAAUAGGCAUUCUAAAAUUUGCUGCACUGACAGUCUAAAUAAUAUUUCUAUUCCUCUCCCUCUCAAUACUUGUUGAAGACCUCCUGAUUGGCCCUGAGGAAGUACCCAGGGUAACAAUAUCCCUGGGUCCCUGUCCCUUAGCCCAUAGGCCACUGUAAUAAUUGUCUGUUUAGCAUUUUCAUAUUUAUUGUACCAAUGAUUGUAAUAAAAACAUACACUGAAAGUUAAAGAGAUUAUAAUAAAAACAUUUUUCACAUCA